UGUUUGAAGAACGAAGGAUAAGGAAUGUUCAGUUGAUUUCAGUUUGAAACCCUUUCUUCUUUUCCUUAUUCUUCUUCUUAUUCUUAUCCAUGGAUGAACAGUCAGCUCUCCAACCCCUUCUUUCAAGCGAAGACGUCAAGCUUGGUUAUCUCAAGAAGACACCUUUCUUGGUGCCUUUGGUUAAAUGGUUACUCAAAGUUGUAAUGUUGGUGCUCUUCGUUGCCUGGGUUGUCCUUAUCUUUCUCUUCCCAGCUGAAUUCAUGCAGGGACUCUACGAGAAAGGGAUUCAGGCCACCAGUGGAACCCUAUUUGGAGUUUCAGGAAGUAUAUUUAUGUUAUUCAGUGGCCCAAUUCUUCUUAUUGCAUUUCUGUCAUUUGUGUAUCUACUUGCUUCUGGAGAAGAGGAACUUGACGAAUAUGUCAUUAGUCGGAAGAAGACUAAAUUUCCUAGGUUUCGCUUGUGGACAUUUCCUGUCCUCGUGGAUGGACCAUUCGGGGUUGUUUCUGCUGCUGAAUUCAUUGGAAUUAUCCUGUUUGCAGCAUAUGUUCUCUGGGCUACUUCUGCUUACACUAUACAGAACUUCAAUCUGCUAUCUAAGUUUGAUUUACCUUCUAAAGAGAGAAGUUUAUUGAUGUUGGAACUGUCGGGGCUUCGUUUUGGUACAAUUGGGAUAUUUUGCUUAGCAUUCCUAUUUCUACCCGUUGCAAGGGGGUCAAUUCUUCUCCGCCUCAUAGAUAUUCCUUUUGAGCAUGCUACAAAAUAUCAUGUCUGGUUGGGGCAUCUUACAAUGAUGAUCUUUACUUUACAUGGAGCAUGCUAUGUGAUUGCAUGGGCAAUGCGGGGCCGCCUCCUGGAUGAAUUGUUGAAGUGGAAAGAUAUUGGUGUAGCCGUUCUUCCUGGGGUUAUCAGCCUUGCUGCUGGUUUAUUGAUGUGGGUGACAUCACUAAAUCCAGUGAGGAAACAGUAUUUUGAACUGUUCUUCUAUACACAUCAACUAUAUGUUGUAUUUGUCAUAUUCUUAGCUUUGCAUGUUGGAGACUUCAUCUUCUGUAUAGCUGCUGGAGGGAUCUUUCUUUUCCUUCUUGAUCGCUUUCUGAGAUUCUGCCAAUCAAGAAAGGCCGUUGAUGUAAUUUCAGCCACGUGUCUUCCAUGUGGAACAGUGGAAUUUGUGCUUUCAAAGCCAAGAAAUUUGCAGUACAAUGCUCUCAGUUUUGUCUUCCUUCAAGUGCGAGAAUUAUCUUUGCUGCAGUGGCAUCCUUUUAGCGUUUCUUCUAGUCCUUUGGAUGGUAGUCAGCAUCUUUCAGUUCUCAUUAAGGUUCUUGGGGAAUGGACAAAGAAGCUGAGAGAUAAUAUUUUAGAUACUCGGGAGGGUGAACGACCAAGGUUAACAACUUCUGUUGAGGGCCCCUAUGGGCAUGAGUCAGCGUAUCACCUAAUGUAUGAAAACCUUAUUUUAGUGGCAGGAGGCAUUGGUAUCUCACCAUUCUUGGCUAUCUUGAGUGAUAUUCUCCACCGUAUCAAGGAGAAGAAACCUUGUCUGCCAAGAAAUGUUUUAGUCAUAUGGGCUGUGAAAAAAUCUAAGGAACUUUCUCUUCUUUCUUCACUUGAUGUUGAGUCAAUGGGUCCCUUCACAGAUAAACUGCAGCUUGAGAUUCAAAAUUAUGUUACACAAGAAUCAGAGGCUCCAUUGGAAGAGGGUACACAAUCUAAGAGCAUGAACUCCUUCAAGAUUGUCAAUGGAAGCAGCAUGUCUGUCUUGGUUGGUACAGGAAAUAAAAUCUGGUCUGGAAUUUAUUUUAUUUUGUCGUCCAUUGGUUUUAUCAUCUUAAUCGGUUUGCUGGACUUAUUUUACAUAAAGCCUUUUCAAAUAACUUCAUGGUGGUUCAAAGGACUUCUAUUUGUGGUAUCCAUGAUUGCAAGUGUAGUCAUAUUUGGGGGUCUGGUUGUCGUCUUGUGGAAUCUUUGGGAGAAAAUAAAUUUGGGCGAUGAGAAUCACAUGGUUGAUGAUGAAAAGAAAGGCAUCAAGCAGGCUACUGAGCCACUAAUGAAGCAUGCUGAUUCCUCUCAGGAAGAACCUAAACUUGCUAGACUGAGUACCACUUGGUAUGGCCACCGACCAGACUUCCAAGAAAUCUUUGAUUCCAUUUCUGAACGUUGGGGUCGUGUUGACGUCGGUGUCAUUGUAUGUGGUCCUCCAACUCUUCAAGCAAGCGUUGCCAGGGAGUGCAGGUCACAGAACCUAAGAGGAAGGCGCAAUCAAGCUCUCUUCCACUUUAACAGCCACAGCUUCGAUCUGUAGCCAACAUUUAAUCUCUUGUAUAUUGUAUUCAGUAGUUCAAAUGCCUGCGAUGUUCACUAGGCAUUGGAACAAUAUGGACUUGAGACUUAUUAUAUAUGAGUCAUAUGUAAAAAAGAAAAAGAUAUGUAUGUAAUGUAAAGGAAAGGUCAUCAUUGUAGGUCUAUACACA